AUGCGUCUCUUCAUCCCCGCGAGACAGGCGAAGAUAUGCCCGAUCGGCACAUUCCCCUACUCCUGCAAGCACUUCGAGGGUUGCUGCGAGGUGAAUCCCUGCGAAGAUGGCCGAUGCCCGGACGAGUUUAACCCUUACUUGACUGCGACCGAGCUCCGGCCCAUGGAAACUAUCGCCUCUGUCGCCGCGCCGGUCUUGGUGUCUGCCAUUACAUCCUCGUCGAAGAUAUCCAUCACUACCACUGACAAGAAAGUCCAGACUUCGACCUCCUCUGGCGGUCUCACUACUAUCUUCUCUAUACCCGAGCCAACUGGCCCCGGAGGUAUCUGGCUCACUGACGACCCCGGCUCAUCAGCUUCCACUUUCACCUCCGUUGAUUCCACUCAGAAUCCAUUCUACGUUUCUCCCCAAUUUUACACUCCAACUGCCCCUACCGAGACCCAGGUCCUUGGCGCUUCGGCUCCUGCCCUGGCGGACAAGUCUAACCAUAACCAGAACGACCUUCCGGUAGCUGCGCAGGCUGGUAUUGCCGUUUCCGUCUUGGUGGUGAUCUGCGUGGUUAUCGCUGCCUACUUCCUGUGCACCAAGCAGAGAAGGAAGUUUAGCGCUUCUCUAGAGUCCAUCAGCUCUCUCAGAAAAGCCGGAAGCAAGCGUGGACGGUACGAAGAGCCUCAAACCCGCUUCAACCGAGUCAGUGACAAGACUGCCAGCCGAAUGAUGAACCACCCGGUCAGCCCCGACACCCGCGAUUCCGUGUCUAUGCGGAUGCCGCCGCUGCCGCCGACUCCUCCUCCUGCGAUGCUUCCUGCCAUUUCGAGGGCUACCACGGCCAGUCCUAAUUUCUCGUCUCGUACCGCAACCGCAACUCCCGACCUUGGCUAUCCCACGGCCACUUCCACUCCCGACUUCACGUCUCGUAUGGUAACCCCAGACUACAUGUCUCGAUUGGGCACUGCCACCCCUGAGCUCCAAGGCCCUCCUCAGCAAGCGGCCAUUGCUGAGCUGGCUUCCCCUGGCCUGCCAAAGGUCGUUGAGAUCCACAGCAGCCGCAGCGGCGUACAGAAGUACAAACCGUACCGCCCCAACGGUGGCUCACUCUACCCUGUGGCGGAGACUACCCCCAGUUACCUCACCGGUAAUCUGAAUGCCACGGAGCUUGAGCGCUCGGAGGGUAGAUACGUGACUAGCUGGUCAAAGUGGGACCCUGCUGCUUGA